CACAUGAUGGUUGGUUGAUGUAAUGUGAUGUUUUGUGUGUCAGUGGGUGUGAAUUUUAUUGGUGGAUUCGCAUUCGCCUCUGGAAUUCCCAAAUCAUCAGUUUCAGCGACCAUGGCUUCCAACUCCGUCCGAGUUGCCGCCGCUCAGAUGACAUCCAUCAGCGACCUCGCUGCCAAUUUGGCCACUUGCUCUCGUCUCAUCAAAGAAGCAGCAUCAGCUGGAGCCAAAUUGCUUUGCUUUCCGGAGGCCUUUUCUUACGUGGGUACUAAGGAUGGCGACAGUGUUCGUGUUGCUGAACCAUUGGAUGGACCAAUUAUGAGCCACUACUGCUCUUUGGCCAGAGAAUCCAGCAUUUGGUUGUCACUUGGAGGCUUCCAAGAAAAAGGAUCCGAUCCUCAACGCUUGUCUAAUACUCAUGUUAUCGUAGAUGACACCGGAAAAAUUAUAAGCUCUUAUAGUAAGAUACACCUGUUUGAUGUAGAUGUUCCGGGUGGAAGGGUAUACAAAGAAAGUAGUUUUACAGAAUCAGGCAAGGAUAUUGUUGCAGUAGACAGUCCUGUUGGGCGUUUGGGCCUCAGUGUUUGCUAUGAUUUGAGAUUUCCAGAGAUGUACCAAUUGCUGCGUUUCCAACAUGAAGCACAGGUACUACUGGUGCCUGCAGCAUUCACAACAGUAACAGGUGAAGCACACUGGGAGAUUCUUCUUCGUGCCCGUGCAAUUGAGACUCAAUGCUAUGUCAUUGCUGCUGCGCAAGCUGGCAAACAUAAUGAUAAAAGAGAAAGCUAUGGUGACACAUUAAUUAUCGAUCCAUGGGGGACAAUUGUAGGUCGAUUACCAGAUCGUUUGUCUACAGGCAUUGUAGUAGCUGAUAUUGAUUUAUCAUUUGUUGAUUCAGUUAGGGAGAAAAUGCCAAUUGCUAAGCAAAGGAAACCAAUUGGCUUCUGGAAAGCUGCAUCUCUAUAGGUCUUAAUUGGACCAGUCAAGAAGCGGUAGCUUAUUUAAAUAUGGGAUUUCUUUGUACCAAAAGAAAAAUGAGACUUCCAUAUUAGAUUCCCUUUAGGAUGGUAUCUAUAAUUAUGAAUUUCAGUCUUCAUGGCAAUAAGAACUGUCUUAUCUUCUACUCAUGUGUGCAUGCUCCAUGUUCUGUGUGCUGCAAGUUCCACAGAAUCAAGUAUUAUUUUCUACAAGUUGAGGUUAGAUUCAUUG